AUGAAUAAACACCCCAGACAAGUCCCUUUCAGAUCUCAAAAAGACAUCCACUUUCUGAAAACCCAACUAUUCGCCCCAGAAUCCACUUUAUCCACCCAAACUCGAGCAAUCCAGCGAAUCCUAACACUUGAAACCAAGACCAAAUUACCACACACUUUACUAUCAACAGCAUAUCUAUUUCAAAUACAUCAUGAAUUUCAAUCCAACCCCACAGCCUCCACAGUAUUACAACUAAGUGCCACGAUGACCUUGAUUAGGUUUGUCAAUGGAUUGUUGGAUCCUUCUCAACAAUCCCAAUUUGCAAUCCCGUUGAAUUUGUUGGCAAAGAAGAUUGGAUUGCCUAGUUGGUUUGUUGAAUUGAGACACGCUGGUACUCAUGAAGGGUUGCCCAGUUUGGAGAUGUUGGAGAUUGGUGUGUUGGGUGCUUUGGAUUGGUUGAAGGUGAAUUAUUGGGAGAAGAUAAAGAGUGAAGAGGAAGAGGAGGAAGAGGAGGAGGACGUUGAUGAUGAGGAUUGGAAAGAUGUGUUGAGGAAGUAUAGAAGAAUAAGAAGGGUUGAUAUUAAUAAGUUUAUCAAGUUUGGUGAUUCUAGUGAGGAAGGGAAAGAGUAUUGGAAAGUUGUCAAGGUUUUAGAGAGUGGUGUUUUAAAGAAUGAAUUUUAUAAAGUGUUGAUGUUUAAAAAAUGUAUUAUUAAUGAAAAGUAUAAAUGGGAACAAGUUAGAUUACUUUAUGAACCUUUAUUUUUAUAUUUGAUAAAAAGUCAAGAGUCUUUUGUUUUGAAAAUUUUGGAUAAAUUGAUGUUUAAAGUUUAUGAAGAUGAAAAUAAGUUGGUUAGUGUUGAUGAAGAAGAAGUUUACAAUGGGAAAGAGAUUCAACAAGUUAAAUCAUGGUGUUUAUGGAUUUUGGAAAAGAUCAAUAAUAACGAGGAUAAUAUAAUUGGUAAAAUGGUUGAAGUUUUAAGUAAGACAAAUCAAUCAUUUAGUAUUGAAAUGUUGGAAAGAUUAAAAUUAAAGAAUGUUGAAGUGGACAAGAUUAAUUUGAAAAUCAAUACAAUUCAAUCAAAUUUAAAAGAAAAGAACAAUAUUACACCAAGUAAAAGAAAAGAAGAUGAUGAUUUGGACAUUUUUCAAGAUUUAGAAAAUUUAAAGAAAAGAGUUAAAUUAAACAAAUCCACAAAUUUACCAAUAAAGAUAUUUGAACCACAUUCAAAUUGGAUACCAAAACCAUUUGGAGUUUUAUAA